AUGCGAUCUACCGACGACGACUCCGAGAAAGACCUCAUCACCAACUCUCCCCCCUUGAACAAUCUCUACCCAACAGCAGAAACAAAAUCAAAUUCGACCGCGGCCAUGCUUCGCGUAUCCUUAUGGGUAUCCUUCGCAGCAUGGAUUGCCAACUUCGACAACGGCUACACAGGCACCAUCCUGAUCAUGCCAUCAUAUCGAAAAGCAUUUGGGACUUGUUACGAGCUCAUCGAUCCAACAACUGCCCAAAUAACAGAACUAUGCUCAAUAACACCACUCCAACAAUCCAUGAUCAGCCUGAACUACAUGUUCAUCGGAAUUGGAGGAGGUCUAUCAGCCUUGACGGGCAGAUACACCGGCCGCCGUGGUGCGAUCCAAAUCGGAUGUGCCCUUGCUAUCGUUGGCGCAGCUGGAAUGUUAGGAACUGGCAAUGGUACUCCGAAGACCUUCUUACACUACAUGGUGUGCAAAUGCAUUAGUGCUAUUGGUAUUGGGCAGCUUAUCUCUGCUUCCCUAGCCUAUGGCUCCGAGUGUAUCGUUGCCAGCAAGCGCGGUCUCGCACUGGGACUAUACAACGUCGGCCUGGCACUUGGCAACCUUGCCUCGUCUGCCGUGUGUGCAGGAUCUGCACGUCUCGAGCCAGAUAAUAACUGGCAAUGGAAAACGCCCAUACUUGCACAAAUCCCCCUGGGAAUCAUUCUCGGCGCGGGCAUUUUGAUGUUCCCCGAGUCGCCACGAUGGAUUCUCAACAACAAUGAAAACAGGGAAGAAGAGGCCCGCAGAGCAUUCAGUAUCUUAUAUCGCAUUCCCGCCGAUUCCUUAGCGAUUACCGCUCAAAUCGAGGAUGUCAAGGCACAUAUCAAGGCUGACCGUGUCAAUGCCGCUGCAUCCUCUUGGUAUGAAAUUUACACGAAACCCCAUUUCCGGCGGACGUGGACGUCGGCGUUAAUUAUGAUCGGUCUCUCGAUUACUGGUAUUCAAUUUGUUCAACCCUAUGCGACGACCUUCCUCAAGGGCGUGGGUAUCAGCGAUCCCUAUCUUAUCAAUGUGAUCAUCGGUCUCUGCAUUCUCGGUGGAUCAGGUCUUGGUCCCUUCCUGGUGGAAUACCGAGGACGACGGUUUACUAUUCUCUCCGGGUAUAGCGCCAUGGCUGUUUCUAUGUUGAUUCUAUCUUCGGUCAGCACUGCACUUGGAGGAGUUGGCGCCUCGAAGAUCGUCGUUGUCGUCUUGCUUUGCUUAUGGUCCUUCGUCUUUGGUGGAACUAUUGCACCGAGUGCAGGCCUUGCCUCUGUAGAAAUGCACAGUGUGAGGCUUCGAACGUACGGACAGGCGCACACGACUGUUCUUUACGGCAUCUUUUCUUUUGGUGCAACUUUCUGGACUCCAUAUAUGCUGGAUGCAGACCAUGGUGAUAUGGGUCCUAACGUGGGAUACUUCUACGCGGCUGUGACUGUAGUCAUUGGAGUCUUGGUUUGGUUCUUGGUGCCGGAGACUGCUGGUUUGACUCUAGAGCAGAUCGAUGAUGUCUUCGACUCGGGCAUUCGGCCCUGGAAGACUUCCAUGACAGCAAAUAGAGCCAUUGUCCGGGCCAAGGCUCAACAAUUAGAGAUGCAGUAG